AUGGAUGGCAAUGUGUUCCGUUUCAAAGCUUACGCUGGUACCAGUACUCGAAAGUACUCGUACUGUAGUUCAGACCAGGAUGUUACAGCACGGGUAGUGAGUAGAUGCUUCCGGCCCGUGGAAGGGGAUGAUCCCGAGUGUGGGGGCGGGGCGGGGUGCAGGUGGUCAUUACUCACCCCUCUGUAGCUGGUGGUAGUGGAGCACUGCAACUGCCUCACUACCAACAUCUACCAACAUCUACCAACAUCUGCCAACAUCUACCAACAUCCACCAACAUCUGCCAACAUCUACCAACAUCCACCUCCUCACUCGGAAUCCUCAGCACAAUGAUGCGACAUGCAACAAACCCCCUUCAAACUUCACCUAGCUCAGGGACUCUUGUUGAUGCAACUACUUCACUAAAAGUCCAAGAGGCCCCCGCGGAAUGGUGUGAGGUGCAUCAAUUGCAAAAUCCUGCACAUCCCGUACGCCUUUCCCAGAAUGGUGGCAGCAACAGUAUCCUGCCUAGAAUAACCCGUUGGUAUUUCAUUGCAAUCACUUUGACGUGUGAUUCUGACGCGGACUCUGUAGGCGGCAACUUCCCCAUCUGCUGCAGCGCGGUCCCUUUGCCAGUACUGAGUAGCCUGCACCAGCCUGUGCCUGAUGAGGUAGGGAGUAAGGCCGCUCCUUCCCUCCCAUCCCCAAUCUGACCUUGAGCUCGACGUGCCAAGCGAGAAAGAAAAGAACAACCCACGACGUCGACGUCAAGAUUAGUACAUCAGCCAUGAAGAUAAGCGACUUGCUUCAGUCACCGGCACCAAGAACCUUCCCGAGGUCCAUCCCUUCUCCCGUCUUCCACUAGAGAUUCAAGAUCACAUAUGGAUUGCUGCUUUUGGCCCCCCAACACGCCUAAUCGAGAUGCAAGGAAAUUUUCGCGAUGGGCGCAAUAUAGCAGCGAUAUCUAAGCUCUCGACAUCUAAUCUCGAACGCGGUGCCAAUGCAAAUAGGUACCCAUUUUUUGAUGGCUCGAGAUAUCGAGUUCUGGGCUAUUACACUCAUUCGUUUUGUCCUCUUCCUGUACUCCUCCACGUCUCUUCUCGAUCUCGUCAGAUUGUUCUAGAGAAUUAUGAGACUUGUUUUACCAACAACUUGAAUCCGGAUAUGAGACCUUUUCAUGAGGCUGUCUAUGCUUUUGGACUGGAAUGGGCCGGAUACGCUGAUAGAAUUGGCGUUGAGUUCUUGAAGAGCGAGAAGGCGCUCUUUGAAGAAGCAGCUGCCUCCUUACCACCAUCAGUUCGGGAACGUUAUGACGCGAUUACGAAAAUUCGAUGCGACUGUGCUGACUUUACGGAGAAGAAACGAUUUUUCGAUUUCAAGAAAGACUCGCUUCUACAAACAAAGUUGUUCUUCGAAAAGGUAAAACAAGACCAUUUGGCAUAUGGUUCCGGCCGACCUGGGAUACCAUAAUUUUGAGAGAGGAGGAUAUUGACCAGAACGCAAUUGAAGUCGUGGGUGCAUUCAAAGACGGAGAAUCAAAUGCCCACAAUGUGAGAUCGUUUGUCCUCGCUGAACAAAUCAUUCGCAACCACCCGAGAGUUUGGGAUACGUUGUCGUAGGCAUAUUCCCAAGAGGCCAUUAGACCUGCGCUGACUAUGACUGCAUUAGUGGCCGGAGACGACCUCGAAGAAUAACGUCUGAAUUUGACACAGCGGAUGAGGACCAUGAAUUGCUCGACGACAACCACGAAAGCAAUGCAGACAUUGCGAAGCCACUACUCACGGGGCUGGAUGAGUUGAUUGUGCUCGUCAACAGAGGCUUUUACCAUCAUUACAUGGAUGGAAAACGCAUCGACCAUACUCAUGAAGAGGUCAAUGACUUGAAGCAGAAAAUGCAUGAUAGAAUUCUUCUUAGGAUGAAGCAUCGCUCUGCGCUUACGGAGAUUCCAAAAAUCAGCAAUGAGAGAGAAGAUCGUAUGUAUGGUUGGACUAGGUGGGAAGAACCACUCGGACCUCCUGGGAGAAAUUCUCGUGAUGAAAAGAGGGCUCAAUUCAGCGCGAAAUUCUUGUAGACGCUCAACAUGAGACUCGGUAUUUACUUUGGAAGGCUGGCGAUGCCGACAAAAGUUUCACAAUAUCUUUUCUUUUGGAUAGCAUUAGGAUUAGACAGGUGAAGUGGGCGCUAGUGGGCGGAUAUCGAAUAAGGGGAUUUUCACCAUUUAGAUCUAGCUUCAGAACUAUCUUCCGUGGAUGUCGGCAAGUAGUUCGACAGCUAAUGUAUCACCUCUUGCCUCGAGGGUUCACUUUUCCAACGCGUUUUCAGAUGGUCAUAAUAUCUCGUUACUGUAUGUCUACCUAUAUAUCUAAGUCCUGUUUAACCUUUUCUUACCAAAAAUAUAUACAAGAAACCCAACGUCCUACCCAAUUUAGGUAGGCAAGUGGAACCACAGUUACAGCCCAUGACGAGCUUUAAUCAUAACUGCCGCCUAUCAAAAAGAAUUAGCACAAGCCCCCAAAACAAACUCCAAGGAGAGAACAACAUACCUUCUCAGCAGCCGCAUAGAUAACAGCCGAAGGCGCCGCCCCAGCAGGCAUAGGAAAAAUACUAUUAUCCAUAACACUCAACCCGCUCGUCCCAUAGACCCUUAACUCCGCAUCCACAACCCCGCCAUACUCUACCUUCAUCAUGGAUGCCGUACAACACAUAUGCGCAUUCGACGGCUCAAUCGCACCCGCUAACGCGGUUUUCAACCCCUCAGUAUCUGCAUCAUUAAUCCCAGCACCAGGACCGGUCUCCAUGGGUCCGAGAGUCGCCAUGGAGGGUUGCGCCAUCAGUUCUCGGUUCUUGAGGAAGAGGGAGAGGUGGAAGAGCAGAUCUGUGUCGUCGCUGUUCGUGCAGAAGUCGACAAUCGGCGCGUCGAGCGGCGAGAGAGAGGUGAUGGCUAUGCUGCCCCGUGAGAAGGGCUUCAGCAUGUAGAUGGAGGUUGAGGGCCCGGUGUUCCAGAAUAUGUUACCCAUGGGGGAGUCUUUGGAUGAGAGUAGCGAGUAGAGUUCCUCGCGUUGCGCGAGGUAGCCGGCGAGGACUGUGGGGUGUGUUCCUGGGGCGUAGAUUAAGGAUGGGUCUUGGGCUUUGGCGUGGGCGAGGAGGCUGCUGUGGUUGCGUGUUAGGUCCUGUAGGGAGAGGGCUACGGCUUGGUUUCCGGUUCCUCGUACGAUGGUGUAGGCUCCUGUUUGACUGGUGUUGUAGAGGGCGAGCUGUUCGGUGGAGUAGGUUGUGUUGGUGUCUAGGGAGCCGCCGUUGGGGAAGAGGUUGUUGGUGACUAUAAGGUAAGGCAUUAGUAAGAUCUUAUUGAAAAGCGUCAAGAAAUACUGUCAAAGUGUGGGAGUUGGAUACUCACAGUUAUACGUAGCAGUAAGCGCAGAUUGAUCCUGGAAAUUCUGUCCCACGCCUGGGAGAUCCACAACAACCUCAAUCCCCAAGCUCUCAAGCAGAGCUCUCGGUCCCACACCCGACAGUUGGAGUACUUGAGGUGUGUGAACGGCUCCGGAGGAAAUAAUCACUUCCUUUUUAGCGAAGACCGUGGUUUUCUUGCCGGAUGUGGCAUUGAGGAAUUCGACUCCGGUGGCGAGUGUGCCGUUGAAUAAUACUUUACCGACAACGGUGUUGGGGAGGAGAUGGUAGUUGGGUCUUGUAGCGAUCACACGGUCGUAGUGUUCCACACGGGCGUAUGAUCGAGUGCCUGUAAGGGGAUUGAGUGCGCGGAGGAGGUAGAAUAAUCCUGUUGCGAUGCCGUUGUUUGGGUCUUUGGUUUGUUUUAAGCCGAUGUUGAGACCGGCGUCCCAGAAGUUUUCUAGUCAUUCUUUAGCGAGGAGGUAAUUUGAUAGGUAGGUCUUUACUUACCACCUGAGGGAUAGUCGUAAGGAGCGUAGCUGGCAUGGAUCGGUCCAUUUGAUCCAUGAAGUCCAUCUUCCCAGGAGAUGUUGCGCGCUGCUGCGAAAGUUGGGUCUGGAGUAGUAAAGUUCUCGCUCUAUUUUUUUGUACGUAAGAAUAUUUUCAAUCAAGUACAAAAGAGUCAUUUGGCUAACCUUUUUAUAAUACGGCAGAAGAUCAGAGAAAGACCACCCCGUAGCCCCCAAGUUCACCCAAGAAGCUUGAUCAAUCUCAGACGGCCGAUGGAAGAACAUUGCAUUUACAGCAGACCCACCACCCACUACCUUACCCAUCAGAACCAUAAAGACGCGAUUCAGCAGCCCUGGUUGGGGAGGAGUAAAGACUCCUUGCCAUAGGUAGGGAAACGGGUUAUAUGACCCGGGUAUCAGAACAGUGUCAUCUCUGGCAUCCAAUGGACCAGCUUCUAUUACAAGCACCGAAACUACUUUUCUUUUAGUAACGGAGAGUUAGUUUUUCAAUGGAGUUGACGAACCUGAGGGAUCUUCUGUCAAUCGAUCUGCCACUGUGAGACCUGCUAAUCCUCCCCCGGAAAUUAUAAAAUCAUAUGUCCUGUUCGCUGCAGCCUUCUCCUCGAUAAUCU